GUCGCAUAACUUUGUGGUAACAAGUUUCCAAAAUAGCACCCCUCAUCCUGUCAUACUGUAUCCUCAAGUGCAGCCUCCCAGUUUACACGAGUAAGUCCCUGUGCGUCGCUUGAUGCCAGGUGCAAUGGGUAGCAUCGACUCAGCGAUGAAAGUGAUCAUCAUCGGAGCAGGGCCGGCUGGAUGUGCACUUGCGCAUGGUCUGAAAAAAGCUGGAGUACCAUUUAGGAUAUACGACAAGGGCGCGGAUGUUUACCGACACCGUCAUUGGGCAUUUACCCUUGGCUGGGCACGACCUUAUCUAUUCGACCUCAUACCCGAUGACCUUAGCACGCAGAUCAACUCGUGUCAAGUGGAUCCUUACGUGGACUGCGCAGCGAUAGGAGAAGAUCGUAUUGUGAUUUACAAUGGUCAGACCCGGGAAGAAGCGUUUGCGUUCCCGAUUCCCAAAGCGAGAGAGAUCAACAUCCGGAAGUUGCGCGUUUUGCUGGCGGAACGGCUCAAUGUCCAGUAUGGGAAAAGUUUCUCACACUAUGAGCUAAAAGAGCAGGGUGGUGUCAAAGUCUACUUUGAAGAUGGAUCAACGGACGAAGGCGACUUGCUCGUUGGCAUCGAUGGUGCCAUGUCCAAAGUCCGCCGUUGUCUGCUUCCCAAAGAGGGAAACAUGGAGACGCUCCCGUUUGCACUGAUGAACUUCAAUGCUUCCUACACAGCCGAGCAAGCACAUUUUAUCAAAGAGCGUCUCCAUCCUCUUGUAGAUAUUGCCAUACACCCGGCUGGCCAUUACAUUCGUGCCAACGUGCUCGAUAUGCCUGAUGAAAAAGAUGCCAGUACUUGGACAUUCCAGAUUCUCUCUACCUGGCCGCUCAAAUACGUUGAAGACCACGACAAUGAAGAUGAUCGACUGCAAAGACUGAAAGCGCAUAUCAAAAGAGAUGGCUGGGCCGAACCAUACAAGAGCGCUAUCGAGUGGAUACCUGACGACACCAACGUACUACGUGAUCAGCUCAAGAUCUGGAAAACCUUCCCCUGGAACAACCAAGGCGGGCGAGUAACACUAUGUGGCGACGCAGCACACGCCAUGACAUUCCAUCGCGGUCAAGGCGCCAACAACGCUUUUUACUCUGCCCACUGUCUUGUCGAAGCUAUCAAGAGCGUGCAGCCUGGUAGCGCGACAUUACAGGAUGCGAUUACGGCGUAUGAUGAGAGUAUAUGGAAGCGGGGGGCAAAUGAGGUGCAGAUUUCCAAAGCGCAGAGCUUCUUUACGCAUGAUGGGUUGGAUAAUUUUAUUAAUAGUCCUGUUAUGAAGUUGGGAACGAAGCCGAGUCAUAAUGCGAAGAGUGAGGGUUACGAAUAGAUGAGGUGAGCGAUUGGAAGAAGCUACCUGCCCCAUCUUCGGAGGGUAGCAAUGUCAGCUUUCAGUGAUGCAAAUAAUAAAUUUUACUUUUUCGAAUGUUUGGCAGUCGACAGGGUACGCAUUAUCCGGAAGAGACAGGAAUUCUUUCUUCACGUGCAUAUCAUCAGAAGCAAUAUAUAUUUCUGCAAAUUGCCCAUCAUAUUUGUCACGACUCAAGCGAAUUGGUCAACUGAAAUACGGGGCUUCAAGAAUAAACUUG